AUGCAUGAUAAAUCUGACGCAUCUGAUUGGUAUUUUACCGGAGAGAUUAUUUUCCGCAAAAAUAAUUUUAGAAUAGUAAAAAGAUCUAAAACUGGCACAGGUGUCAAUUUGGAAAAACUGAGGAAAAAACUAGAACUAAUUAAAAGAGUAUUCCCAGAUUUAAAGCCAACUGAUCCCAUUCCAGAAGAAUUUUACAACAAACUCAUGACUAAUAUAGUAGAAAUAUUUGUAGGAACAGAUUGUUUCGAUCAGAUGAUGCGUCGUUUAGGUACAGUAGAUGAAAAAAGAUUAACCUUAAUUUCCCAUAACGGGAGUGGUUUUGACAACUGGAUUGCACUUCAAAGCAUUAAUAAACUAACACAAUGUCCACUAGUAACAGAUAAUAAAAUUCUAUCUCUUCCUUUAUCUAAUCCAUAUACAGAAGAAAGAUUGCAGAAAAAAUGGAAAAGAGAGAAAAGAGAGAAAGGAGAGAUAAAAAUAUCUGAUAAAAAUAAAUAUUUACAAAAUAUAUGUCUCACUUGUUCCUAUCAACAUGAAAAAUCUAGUUUGGCGGCAUGGGGAAAUUCGUCUAAUCUACCGAUGAAUUUGAGAAAGAUUGCCGAUAUCAAUAUUACAAAAUACACCAAAGAUAAUUGGGAAUCUUUAAGACACGAAUGGGAACCUUACGCUAAAAGAGAUACGUUAUGUCUCGGAGCUUGUUUGAUAAAAUGCAAUCAAGCAAUGAAAGAAACUGUCUUCCAAAACGUUUCAAAUAAUCUAACGGUUCCUUCUUUAUCUUUAAAGGGUUGGUAUUAUUUAUAUCAUUACUAUAAAGAAAUGGCUGAAGAAGAAUGGUACGAAAGUACUAGAAUGGUUCCGAAACACACCGAAAAAGAAAACGUAGAAAAAGUUUGCUCACAUACUCAUCCUUUUAUAAGAUAUUUUAUCAGACAAAGUAUUAAAGGAGGAAGAGUUUCUGCUAACAGAAAAUCAUUUGAAACGAACAAAAUGGAUGAAAUUUGCGCCAUUUUAUAA